ACGCACGCAGAUGGUGCGGGGUGCGGUAGCGUUCAAUUGCCGUUGAAAAUAGUCGACAACAACGACGUCUCUCGUUCUUCGCAUUUGCCUGCACAUUUGCCCGCAAAGGGCGCAAAGCAAAGCUCGCAUGCUCGCAUUCACGGACGUCGCGCUGCGAUAGAAAAAUCCCGACUUCGUGCGAUUGCAUUUCAAUAUGGCGAACCGCGACAAAGGACGCAGAAAGUGGGGAGGAUUUUCACAAGAGUCAAUGGCUUCUAAAUUGGAGAAGGACAGACUGGCAGGGAUACGCGGCGGAGGAAAUAGAGCAUCUCAGGCUUUAUAUAGGCCGGGAAGUGGCCCUUUACGUAAGUCAGGCAGAUCUAACAGCACUGCCGACGAAUACGACAAUGAAAAUGGCUCGCAAGAAAAAUCCAGAAUGACCUCCGUCCAGUAUCGUUCGAGACAGUCGCAAGUCAAUAGAGCUAAUCAGGCGCAGGACAGUCCACCUCUGUCACAAAUCGACAAUGUAGCUGAAAAAUUGGACAAUACCCAUAUUAACUAUAGAAAUAGCAGCAAUAGCGAACCGGCACAGAGCACUGGUAACAGCUCUGGCGGAGGAGCAGGUAGAAACGAUCCAAAAAAGAAAAAUAGGAAGCCUGAGCAGUUGCUAUAUGUACCAAAAAAAGUGAAGGAAGCAUUGGCUGAACAGGACGGAACCAAUAGAUCUCCUAGCCAUUCCGCGUGGGAACGAGAGAGAGAAGAGAGUAAUGAUCGCGAUUCGCAUUCCAAUCGUAAUCAUAAAAGCGAUUGUAGUCGAGCGAGCAGUCACAGCACGCGAGACAAUGAAAGCGAAGGCAGAGGUAGAGAUGACACCAGUAAACGGUAUUCGGGUAACCGUCGACAUCGUCAUGCGAACGAGAAUGAGGAGCGUUGGUAUUGGCGAUCCGAAUCACCGGUAUCCGCUAGAAACUGUGCGAAUCGAAAGGAUAAUUUACGUGAAGUCAGACAGGGCUCGGAACCUUUAUCUAUGACCAACCAGAACGAUUUUAAUCGUACGCGAGACACUCGUAGUGUUGAGCCCGCUGGGCAUUCGGAUAAGUUUCAAGGCAAGCCACCCUCAGGCCGACGCGGCAACGCGAAAGACAGUUUGUCGAAAAAUAUAAAGUUAGAACAACUGCCACCACGAUUUCAAAAGAAAUAUCUUCUUGAUAAUGGGUACGCGUUACCUAGCAACAAUCCAGGAACGUCCACAGAGGACACCUGGAACGGUAGCAGCAUUACAUUUCAGCAGGGUAUGUCCAGUUAUAAUUACUCACCAGCGAUGCAGCAUUCGCAAACCAUGCAAAAUCUGCCACCAUCUGGAUCGUUGCCACCGCAAUCUAAUUGGGCUAAUACCGUACCGACGAGAAGCAGAGGUAGAGGUAGACUGAGACCCGAGGAAUUAGAUGGUACAGCAAGCAGCAAUUUCAGGCCUGUUACACCUGAACAGUACUCUGCUCCGAGUUCCAGGUCCCAUACUCCUAGCCAGGAAUAUAUGAAUCGGUCUUAUGAUCGCCGUGGUAGCAAUAGCACUAUGUACACCAGCAUGGAAAGCUUAAGUCGUGCCGAUAGCGUAAUGAUGCCACCGCCGUCAUCCGCGUCGCCCGCAACUUCGCAAUCAAAUUCGAACAGAGGCCACAGAUCACCUGAGAAUCAUCGCAGAGGCGCAACAUCACCAACAGACAAUCGCACCAGUAACAUGCAAAGAACAAUUACCAGUAAUACCUACGAGCACAGUUCAAGUCUGGACAAGCAGAAUAAUCAACAAAACACAAAUCCUUGCUCUGUGAAAAGCGAAUCAUGUAACAAAUCAUCUUAUACCGCAUCUGAAACAUUCGACUGGUGUGAAGAAGUUGAAUUGAAUGAGAAGUUAGAACAAGAACAUUUGAGCCGUAGUUCGUCCGUAUUAAGCAUACGGGAAAGCACAAGUGUGCCGCGAAGUCAGGCCGUAGGUGAGAGUAACAGACGACGUAAAAAAAAAAAACGUGAUAAACAUCGUGAUGCUGAUCGUGGCAGUAGCAGAGACAAAGGACGAGGUAACAGCCGCGAACGUCAGAAAAAUCAACAAAACAGAGAGAACGAUAAUUAUAAUAAUAAUCAAAAGAAUAAUAACAAUAAUAAUAGCGGUAGGCGGUACGAUCACAGGAGGCGUAAUAUUAUUCAGCAUAGUCGAGAAUCGAGUAAAGACAGAAAUUAUGGUGUCAACUAUAGAAAUUUCGAUGAUCUUCAUAGACGCAGAACUGAUAGGUACUUAGACGAAGAUUGGAGAACUGGCAGAAAAAUAUCGACUUGCGAGUCGGAUGACGGGAGACAAACUCCUAAAGUUUCCUCUCACACUGCUCCCCUUUCGAGCGUGAAUUCGAACUCGAUAGGACACCGAUCGUCUCCGACGGGAUACAGUAACGCUCAACCGGGCGUCUUGAUCUUGCCUAAUGAGACUAGCCAGUCGUCUGCCAAUCAGACAGCUACAACUUCUCAGCAAAGAACCGGACAGCAACAACAGAGAACGCUUUUUGAUCCGAAUAAUCCAUAUAAACCUAUCGUUAUCACUUCUCCCGGAAGCAGAGCAGCUGUACAGAGGGAUAGUGACAUGCAAGUCUCAAGCGUUCCAGUAUUUCAAUCUAAUGUAGGUAUCACAUUGCCACAUUACUCUUUCCAUGGCGCUCAAUUGGACGGUAUGCCAUCGCCGUACAUGAACGAUCAAAUCGGAAAUGUGAGACCUUCGUGGUAUGACCCAUUUUCAGCUAGUUUUCACUCAGCAAAAAAUCACUGCCUUCUAUUGGACAUAGAACGUGCCGAUCUGGAACUACAAUGGAUAAUAAGUUCCGGUGGCUUUACCUCGCGUUUGGAUAGAGUCUCGUAUAUACGACACUUCCUUCAACAGAGCUUAAAGAUCUUGCUUGAGACUGAUAUCAAAUUCUGCCAGGCGGAAAACGUUGAGCAACACUUUUGGAAGAUAUUGUUUUAUAAUCUGAUCGAAAUGCUGCGAAAAGCGAUGCCCAAAGAAAACUCGGAAGGACGGGAACGUUACAAGCAGAUAAUGUUAAAUAUCAUUGAUGAGGGUACCGUUUAUCUGGAAAGUUUACUGACUACUCUCGAGACUACGUAUCAGUUCAAAUUAGACACGUUUUUUGCGUUGACGAGUCUACCUAAGGGUCUCGGACUCUUGGGACUGGCCUUAGUCAGUGCGCAAAAGAUAUUUUUAUUUUUGGGAGACUUGGCGAGGUAUAGGGAGCAAGCGAACGAAACGAGCAAUUAUGGAAAAUCUAGGCAGUGGUACUUGAAAGCACAACAAAUUAAUCCUAAAAAUGGCAGACCUUAUAAUCAACUUGCCUUACUGGCGCAUUAUGCGAGACGGAAAUUAGAUGCCGUGUAUUAUUACAUGAGAUCUCUUAUGGCGUCCAAUCCUUUCCAUUCUGCCAGAGAAAGCCUGAUAGGGCUCUUCGACGAAAACAGAAAGAAGUAUCUACAUUAUUACGAGUCUAUCGAACGUAAACGGAAGGAGGAAAGGGAGUCGAAGGAGCGGGCGAGGAUGAAGGAAAAGGAAGGUGCAAACAUCAUCGGCGGCGGGCUGAGGAGAGAAACGUGGAUUCAUCCUGGCGACGGUAGGCGAGUGCGACGUACAACAAGCGCGGCCAAUGAAGCGAGAUUGUCCCACGCAAGCGACUUGGAGGAGUUAUCGCAAUUAACGAGUGUCGAGGUGAACAAGCGAUUCGUCACUUCGUAUCUUCAUGUUCACGGGAAGCUCAUCACCAAGAUAGGAAUGGAGACUUUUCAAGAAGCCGGUGUUCAAAUGCUGAAGGAAUUCAGAGCCUUAUUGCAACAUUCGCCACUACCGCUUCCUGGUACUCGUUUACUUCAGCUUUUGGCGCUUAACAUGUUCGCGAUCGAGACCACGCAGCUGAAGGAUUCCCAGAUGGAACAAGGCUACAGAUCGGAGGUCCAAGAACGGGCGCUCGUCGUAUCCCUGCAGAUGUUCAGCCUGAUCUUGGAGCGUGGUGUAUCUUUGCUGAAAGCUCAGCUAGAUAGCGAGCAGGAACCGAGGCUGGUGGUCGGCGAGGAUCUCCAAGUGCUUCUACCGGCUAUUAAGAUCUGGUGCGACUGGAUGCUUUGCCACAGCACCGUUUGGAAUCCUCCGCCGUCUUGCACGGAUUACAGAGUCGGGCCGCCAGGAGACGCGUGGAGCAGACUGGCGACGAUGGUGAACCUUCUAGAGAAAUUAAAUUACACCAGGACGACUCUAAUCCAAGGCAAGGAUACGGAAGAUCGUGAAGAAGACUUGGAACUCGUAAAACUACCGGAAGAUAUCACGUUGGCUGGAUUCACUCCUCUCAUGCUGAAUCCCCAGGAUCCUUGCUACGUGGAGAAAACAGAAGAUAUGGAAGUGGCUCAGAUGUGCCUCAGGAUAAGCAAGAUUCUCUUCUUCGGUCAAGUGUUCUUGUGCGGCUUGGAGACACCGGUGCUGAAAUUGCAGAAAAGCGAGACCGGCGUCAGCGAAUAUGUUUCCGUGGUCGAGGCUUCGAGCACGAGUUCACCGAGUUCGCCGCCGACACAGAGCGACUCGGAACUCCUGGUAGAAAGUUAUAGCGAGGGGGAGGAGGAGGAGUCAAUUCCUACGUUGAGAAGAUUACCCUCGUGCGGCAAUGUGCCCGACGAUACGACGGCUCCCGUGGCGGCUGUCGAGAUAAGGUCGCUGAUCGAGAGGAAGGAGGAACUGGAGAGGCGGCAGCGGAAACAAGAUCGGCAUCGACAGCGAGUACAGGCAAUCUUACAAAAGUCCUCGGUGUCGGUAGAAAUUGAGGUGAGACCGAGACAGCUGGUGCCAGAUACUAACUGCUUCAUCGACUACCUGCAGCAACUGCAGACCAUCGCAAGAGCCACUUCCGGCGCGCAGCCAAUCUACACUCUCAUGGUGCCACUCGUCGUACUAAGUGAACUCGAAGGUCUAGCUCGAGGCGCCGAUGCGAGAGAUUGUCCUCCAGCGUCGAAAGCGGCUCUAAAUCCUGAGCAUUUGGCGCGAGUUGCCGAGAAUGCCAAGGCGGCACUGGCCUUCGCGAGAAGCCGAAAUCCGGCGAUCCGGUGCUUAACCACGAGGGGCACCGUUCUCACAUCCAGCACUUUUACGGUCGAGGAAAAUUGCGACAAGGAUGGAUUGACACGGAACGACGAUAGAAUAUUAACUACGUGCCUCAGUCUCUGCAGAAUUAACAAGGAUCAAGCAAGCGCAGAGGAGGGACAGCCGAGGCGUUUGAGACGGGAGGUGGUUCUGCUGACGGAGGACCGGAACCUCAGGGUGAAGGCUCUGGCCAGGGACGUGCCCGUGAGAGAAGUUCCCGAUUUCAUGCAAUGGGCUGGACUCGGCUGAGGCGAUAUGACGUGAUUGCGACGAAAUUCCGAUUCUCACUUGACGAGAAAUCUCCCGUGUUCCUGCCGCGCGAGCCCGACCAAACGUCAAACGAGACCAAACGCAACGGGAAAGAAGUAGACAAAGAAAAAGAAGGUUCGUCAAUUGCCGACGGAUCUUCGUCGCGGAUCUUCUUCGCGGCCGAUCGACCGUCGACUGGUGCGCAAACGACACGUUAUCGCGCAUAAGUCUGUCGCAGGUUGGGUAUUCAGAUUGUGUCUCUCCCGACGGUAUUCUUUUUUUUUCUAAAUUCUUUUUAAUCCUAUUACGGAGAAACCGCGAAGUGCGGUAAGCAGGAGCAAGUUUUACGGAAGAAAAAGCAAAGCGCGCGCGGUCGCGUAAAAUUGCGAAUGAAGUACGGUACGAAUGAUGGGGAAAGAAACAGGCUCGGAAGCCUGUCGCUCGCCGUUUCGCUUGUCGGAAACGCGAGCUAUUCGAAGGCUCCUCGUGAAUGAGCGUGACACUACCUACCUACCUUGGUACCCCUAACUGUUCCGUGUAUCUCGAACGUGCAGAGAUAAAAAUCCCGAAGAGAGAGCCUUUUCACACGGGGAACGUGUAACGGGCGGUCCGAAAGACAUGUUGAAUCCAGGACGUUCACAGAGAGCCAUGGCAUACAGUACACCAGAUGUAAAAUCGAGGGACAACCGACGGAGACGUGAAUGUUUCGAAGAAAAAGCGAAGAAAACGAUGAAAAUAGAGCUUUACUGUCUUGAAGUGCUAUCACUGUUUGUAGAUUGUUUUUAUCAAUAAUAGCCGUCUAUUGCGGCUUGGAUAACCAUUUUAUAUAAUUUUGUUUGCCGUCAUUUACAUUUGUUCGUGUGAGACGUUAUUAAAAAAAAUUUUAUAUCGUAUGUACGGCGUGUGUGGGUUUGAGAUGAUGUGACGAUGAUGCGUUCGCGUCAUCGUUUCGCUAGCAAUCACGAAACGUGUCUUUUUUAUCGUUCCGCCGUAAGUCCACCGUGACAUUUUCCACGAGGCGAUUCUCCCCUCGUUUUCUUACCGUUGAAGUCAUUAACAUUAUUACCUUUAAGUUGUCAAGUGAAUUAUUAACGGCGAUUCGUCUCCAAUGAAUGACUGUGCUUCGUCGGGGAUAUCGACAAGAUCGAAAACGACAAGCGAUGUGACGUGAUCGUUGAUCGCGCAUUCGCUCGUCGCCGAUUGAUGAUUUUAUCCUCGAGGAAUAUUAGGAACGAUCAAGAAUCGCUUACUUUCGAAAAUCAAUCUCAAUUCUUUUGUGUAAAAACGAUCAAAUACGCCAGUAUACACUGCAAAUUCAAGUCUGUUAUUUUAGCUAAAGCUCUUCUUGCUGUUUUAAAACACAUUUAACAUGUAUUAACUUUUAAUUUAAUACGAUUAAACCUGUUAAAUGACGUAAUUUAACGUAUAAAAAACAUGUAAAAAAAAGCUUCAGUCUAAAGUGUGACUCUUAGGCGUUUAUGCGUGUAAGAACAAGACUUAGAUUUGCGGUGUAAAAAUUAUAUUUGGUUUUUAUUACACAUAUCAAUAGUUUCAAGCAAGGUUGAUUGUUUAUAUUAUAAUUUCAAACAAAAUUGCUGGUGUUUGUCGUCGAGAAUAUAUUUUGCGGAUUAAUCCUUGAUUUUUGAAAUUCCUUUUUCGAUCGUUUUUAAGCAAACGUACGUCAUAGUCGAGAUGCGUAUCUCUCCUUAUUGCUUACGAGUACUCGCUUGUAUAGCAUAUACACAUAUAUAUUGACAUCUACAUAGUUCACCGGCUUAAGACUAGAAAUUAACGUAAGGAAACGAAGCGGAUUUUAUUCCAUGAGGUGCACGAUUGUACAACCAUGGUGUUCUUUAUAAUAUCAAAGAUUAGCUUUUACCGAUAAGCGAAGAAUAAAUGUAUCCUGCAGGUGUUGGCACGAUCGCUGUUAUAAACAUUCCGUGUCGGAAUCACGUUGACACGAGAUUUUUCAUCGACUUCGAUCUAGCGAUGUCACUUUGCCUGGCUUCGCCGUUACGGAAGGGCAAUUGAGACCACGAUUGCGAGUGCGAAGUAAGAUUCGCAAAAUAGUUCGCGCGACGUGGAAUCGAAGAGGGAAUAUUGCUUCAUUCUCAUGACAAAUUGUCGAAAGCGCGAACGCAACUUGCGCGCCAAUGUUGGUGUUUUCUUCGCGUUUUUUAAUAUUGCUCGGUUUUACCAGAUACGUAUACGAGUUUAUCUUUCGGGAGAAAGUUUACCUUUCGGAAGCACACAGUGGUCGAGGCAUGCGCGCGACCAGCAAGGAACUGCGGGACCGAUGAUCGAUUAGCGAACACGAUGUCCUAUUUUUCGACAGAGAUAAGAUAGUUACUUAAUGCUCCUUAGUGUAUUAAAGAGUGUGUAUGCGCGCGCGUUGGUAUGUGUGUAUGCGUGUGUAUGGGAGAGAGGGGGGAUAAAUAGAGAAAGAGAAAGAGAGAAUGACAAUUAGAUUAGCGAAGGAGGACAGUCAGUGGAAAGGGAAAAAACGCUCGACGUACUAAAGACCGUACGCUACAAUAAAUCUCGAUGCUGUCCGAAGUCUCGUCGGAAUUCCUGCGAAUUAAAUCGAAUCGGUAAGUAGAAGAAGUGCCCACCCACUGCACCGCCCGGGCAGAAUCCUUUUGUUACACCGUGAUGUUCCGCUUGACAAACCACGCCGUUCGGGCAGAAGAAAGUCUCGGUCGUGUAAGGUUGUCUGUUCAGCGGUAUUUUAAGGGCGCGUAAGAAGCCCGUAAGAAUAUUAAAAUAUCUCUACCGGUCUGUCGUGGGAAAAUAUCUUCUUUCUAUUGAAAACAAAUAUAUGUCUGUACAAGGAUUAUAUUGCUAUACUUACGGAUUUAAGUAUAUUUCUACGAGAAAGAUACGAUCGCACGAAUUCCCGAGUAGGAUCCCGUAAAUUUGCUUUUUGCGAAACGCGGUGAGGUUUUAUUUAAGUAUACGUACUUCUUAAUGUCGCUGUAAGAAGACGGUGAAGUAGCAUUCGUCAACGAUACUUCACAAGAUCCAAGAUCGGCACGUUGAGAGGACGGAGGAAGAGAAAAUAGAGGAAAAGAGAGAGAGAGAGAGAGAGAGAAACGCGGGUUUCGCUCCUGUGAACUUGUUCAUAUCUCUCGUCCUUCCAGCGUGUCCGUUUACUUUAACGUUUUUUUCUUUUUCCUCCCCCUGUCACCUUCUUCCUCCCCUCCCCCUCGUCGCCGUUUUUAGCUCAAUUUUUUAUUCGAACCUCCACUGCGAGAGAAAGUGCGGCGUAUUGAUGGAGUUUGACGAAGCCCACUCGAAGCACCGACGAUGUACACUGUCAUUGUGUUUCACUAAUUUCUAAGUAUAGCCUUUCAUAGCCUUUUUAAUGUACGCGUCCGGUCGCCAUAAGCGGCCGAUAAUUAAUUCGAUGGCAGACGUUCGAGAUGUAAGAGUGCGAUGGAUGGGCGAGCGAAAUCGAUUGCGCGAAUGCGCCUUGCAAUCGCGAAUACAAUAAUAGAAAUUAUCGAGAAACGCUUGUUUUCUUAAACCGACAGACAUAUACGGGAGACAUAUUUUUAACGAUUAAAAUGACGAAUCAUGAAGAAUUACAGUUAGAGGACAAUAUCUUAAAGUGUCCCAAGUUCUAUAAAGUUUAUUAAACAAAAACUUUGAUUUAAAAGUGGUUUGUUAUUCAGAGACUGAAUUAUUUUAUUACAUUUAAAGAAAAGGAAUAGUAGUAUUGAUUAAUCAUUGGAAAAUAACAAAAGAGCGAAUAAAAUAUUGAUUGAUAAAAUUCGAACAAUUAUUUUGCCGAAAACGCAGUUCGCGUACGAUUGGUUUUAGAGAAAAGUGUUUAGCGAUAAUUUUUACAACACUUAGCUUAGUACGGGAUAACAAUCAGGGUACCUAUAGUUUGCAAUUGUACUCCGGGCAUAUCACACACAUAGUAUAUUUACAAUAUCAUCGCAAUAGUUCUCCUCUGCAAUAGUCAUAGUGGUGCAAUAGACACUCUACUCACGAAUAAGCCACCUCGAUAAGACUAUCCGUCCCCGAGCAUCAUAAUCCAUUUUCAUUGUUUCGAUGUAAUAUAUCUUCACUUCACUCACUCCGGUCUUUCAACUUCGAAAUUGCAUAUAUGUCGAUCCUGCGAGUAAUCGCCGGCUGUUCCAAUCGGCUUACACGCGAUCGAAUUCAUGUUAGCCCGUGCUUAAUAGAAAGAGAGAAAGAAAGAGAGAGAGAGAGAGAAAGAGAGAGAGAAGUUGCCUGAAAAAUCUAGGUAGACGUUUGACGUAAGAUAGACGUCGUGAUUUUUAGAAUCGAUUUAUCUCGGACGUGGACAAGCGAGAAAUGCCGCGGUACGUUCUCUCAAAAAACGUCCUCCGCUUCCGAGAUAACUCUCACACCGUAAGUGUACCUAUAUCCACAUUGUAUAUAUAGGUAUAUAUAAUUAUAUAUAAUUAAAUAUACAUUUAUAUAUAAUUAUACAUAUAUAAAUACACCCACCCGAUUUUAUGCUAGAUUCUCGCAAUAUCUCUGAUAAAUCUAUGUACGUAUAUUAUUAUGUGACGAAACGAAAAGAACGCGAUUCAUUUGUAUUUCGUCUGAGGAGAAGAUAUGACGACGACGACGACGAUGAUGGUGAUGACAAAACUAUAAGGAUGAUGCUAUUACGAAAGCAGAAGUUUUAGGCUAAUCGUUUAUUAUAUAUUAUGAGAAAUGUCGCUACACUAAUAGUGUUACCACUUUGAAUAUUCAAUAAAAAGUUGAGACUAGCGUUACUACAU